AAAAAAGAUAUGCUUUCCUAAUUAGGAAAGGGUCCCGUGGAGAUCGAGAAAUUUUAAAAUUCAAAAAAAAAGAUGUGGAUACCCCCACCAAUUUAUAUUUAACCACUAAAAAAUUUCACUAUAAAUGUCACGUAAUUCGACUUUUUGUUCAAAUUUCAGAGAUUUCUUCUUAUUCAAUAAGUUCUUACUAAACUCAAUUGAUCACUAAAAUCAUCACAUAUCAUGUCUAAAACUGUUUUCGUCUCUGGUUCCAAUGGGUUCAUUGCUUCUCAUACUGUCAAUUUAUUAUUAAAAGAAGGUUACACUGUUAUUGGUUCAGUUAGAUCUGAAGCUAAAGGUGCUGCUUUCAAGAAAAUAUUAAAUACUGAUAAGUACUCUUAUGUGGUUAUUCCAAACAUUGCUGAUGUUGGUGCCUUUGAUGAAGUUUUAAAAUCUAAUCCUCAAAUCACUACCUUUUUACAUAUUGCUUCUCCAUUCCGUUUUAAUAUUGAAAGUCCAGAAAAGGAUAUUUUAAUUCCUGCUAUUGAAGGUACUAAAAAUGUGUUAACUUCUAUUAAAAAUUACGCUCCUCAAAUUACUAGAGUUGUCGUUACUUCAUCUGAUUGUGCUGCUAGAGAAAAUGAUGAUCCAAAUCCAAAUGUUAUUCUUGAUGAAACUGUUUGGAGUAAAGCUACUUUUGAAAGUUCUAAAAAUCAUCCAGUUCUUGCUUAUUUAGGUUCAAAACCAUUAGCUGAAAAAUUAGCUUGGGAUUUCGUUAAAAAUGAAAAAGUAAAUUUCAAAUUAACUACUGUUUUACCAAGUUAUACUUUUGGUCCACAAAUUGAUGAUGCUUUAGUAGCCCCAGAUUUAAAUUCUUCUUCAAAAGUCAUUGAAGCUAUUAUUCAACUGAAUCCAGAAUCUAAAUUACAAAACCAUAUUGGUAGUUGGAUUGACGUUAGAGAUGCUGCUAAAGCUCAUUUAGUUGCUUUCCAAUCUGAAGAAGCUGUUGGUCAAAGAUUAAUUUUAUCAUCAUCAAGAUUCACUUCUCAAACAAUUACUGAUGUCGUUAUUAAGGAUUUCCCUCAAUUUAAAGGAAAGAUUUAUGAAGGUGUUCCAGGGGCUGAUGUUGCUGAAACCAGUCAAUUAGCAACAUUAAACUAUUCUAAAACCAAUAAAAUCUUAGGAUUUAAAUUCAUUGGUAUUGAAGAAACCGUGGUUGAUUCAGUUAAACAAUUAUUAAGAGUUAGAGGUUAGUUUAGAUUUUUAUAAAUCGACAAUAAAAAAAAAGGAUAUUAUAUUUUUGAAUCACACAUAUAAACAACUAAAAAAAUAACCGUACCUACUUAAUUAACCCUUGACAUAUUUACCAUAAUUACUACCUAACUCUGCUUGUAAAAGAUCUUUCUUAAUCUUAAGCCCAUAUCGAUAACCAUUUAAAGUUUUCAGUUUACUUAAAACUCGAUGACACGGAACUAUUAUAGCUAUUCUAUUUGAACCAACACAAUUUCCAAUAGCUCUAGAAGACAGAAUAGGCAUAUUCAACUCUUUUGCCACUGUAGAAUAAUCACUAACUGAACCUAAUGGGAUAUUAAUCAAAUGAUUCCACACUUUCCUUUGAAGUGAGGUUCCAAAUAUGAAAGCAUAUUUGAUUUUAUUAGGUUGCAAUUUAUCAG